UUUGUUCUUAUACAAGGACGCACAGCACAGCGUAAAACAACUUCCGGAAAGAAAUGGCAUCUUUGGACAGGGUGAAAGUGUUGGUUUUAGGAGAUUCCGGAGUAGGGAAGUCCUCUCUUGUACAUUUACUGUGCCAGAAUCAAGUUUUGGGGAACCCCUCAUGGACUGUGGGCUGCUCAGUGGACGUCAGGGUUCAUGACUACAAAGAAGGCACUCCAGAAGAGAAGACAUGCUACAUUGAACUCUGGGACGUUGGGGGAUCUGUUGACAGUGCCAGCAGUGUCAAAAGCACCAGAGCUGUGUUUUACAAUUCUGUAAAUGGCAUUAUUUUAGUUCAUGAUUUGACCAAUAAGAAAUCCUCCCAGAAUCUGAAUCCCUGGUCAUUGGAGGCUUUGAGUAAAGACUCCUCUCCAACUGGCAUCAUUGUGUCAAAUGGGGAUUAUGACAGAGAACAGUUUGCAGAGAACUCCGUUCCCCUCCUGCUUAUUGGCACCAAAUUUGAUCAGAUCCCAGAAAACAAGAGGAAUGACGUUCUGACCCGCACUGCCUUUUUAUCUGAAGACUUUAAUGCAGAAGAGAUCAAUUUGGAUUGUACAAAUCCACGAUAUCUUGCUGCUGGAUCUUCAAAUGCUGUUAAGCUAAGCCGAUUCUUUGACAAGGUAAUCGAGAAGAGAUACUUCACAAGAGACCCUAGCCAGAUGCAGAGUUUCACAGACAGGAGGCGCUUUAAUUUCAAGAGUCUGCACAAUGAUUGAGUGUACAAAUAUACUUUGGACUGGUGGGUUUAGUCAUGUUUGUAACCUGGACAUACAUAUGAAUAUUAUUUUGUCAUCAUGUUUCUUUGCAAAAUCCAAUCAGGUUUAGGUUUUUUUUUUUUUUUUUAAUGCCUUUUAACAUUACCAUCCGGCUUACCAUGACUGAACAAUUUAUGUGAAAUGAUCAUCAUCUCUAUUCUGAGAUUUGUGUAUGUAUUUUCAUAUGUGAUGGUAAAAAAUAUGUACUUAAUGAAAUACUACUACUCUUCCC